GAGAAAGAAGCCGCGAGCGAAACAGAGUCGUCUUCUUCUUCUUCUUCGUGAAAACCACUCCGCUCGCUCUCUCACCAACCCCAUCUCCGAUUUCCUCCCCUCCCUGAAUCGAAGGGGAACCACCGGCACCGGCGGCGGCGGGCGGCGGCGGCGACGGCGACGGCGGUGACUCCGACGGCCUUCAGUGUUUGUUGACUGGCGUUGGGGUGAAGAGUUCAGUGGGAAUUUGCAUCAAAUGGCGAGGAUAAAACCCCAAACUCUACUUCUUCAGAGUAAAAAGAAGAAGGGCCCUUCUCGCGUCAGUGUUCCUAUGAUGAUUCUGUAUGGCUUAUUCAUUGGGUUGGUCAUUUUUUCGUUGUUUGCAACAUAUAGGCACUGGUCAAGAAGGUCUGUGGAACGGAUGGGCACUGGCUUACCAAAUUUCGAGGACACAUAUGUAGAUUCGAAGAAGUACGAUCUUCCCGGUUUCGCUAUUUUGAAUACAUCAAAAGGUGCUAUCUUUGUGGAGCUCUUCAAGGAUAAUGCCCCUGAGAUUGUGGAUAAAUUUCUUGACUUGUGUCAAAAAGGGCACUUCAAAGGCAUGCCUUUCCAUCAUGUGAUUAAACAUUAUCUUAUUCAUGGUGGGGAUUCUGAAGGACUUGGGGCUGCAGAAGAUUGGAUUUCCCGAGGAAAGCUUCGGGGCAAGCUUGUGACGAGUCCUAAGCAUGAGGCUUUUACGCUUGGUACUUCAAAGAGUAAGCAAGACAGCAAGAAAUUUGAGCUUUUCAUCACAACUGCUCCCAUACCAGAUUUGAAUGAGAAGCUUAUUGUCUUUGGACGGGUAAUCAAGGGACAAGAUGUAGUACAGGAAAUUGAAGAGGUGGAUACAGAUGAACGAUAUCGGCCCAAGUCCAAUAUAUUGAUAAAAGAUGUAAUUCUCAAACGUGAAGUAUGAAGCUUUAGCCAAACAGGUGCCGUGUGUUUUUAACAUGUGCUUCUCUGAGAUUUUGCUAACCAGGAUACAUGUUUUCUGAGGCAGACCACAUUCCUCAGGACUGUUGUUUUAUCUUCUCCGACAGGUGUAUUACUUGCUUUGUUGUUUUCAGGGAUCUUUUGGAUUCGUAGCGCUUUUCUUUUUCUUCUUUUUGUUCCUUUCCGGGGUGGGGUUGUGGUAGGAUUAAUUUCUCUUUUCAGUAAAAAUUACAUUGAGCUUUGAUUUGUGGAGGGUGCAGGAAUGCAGAGUUAGGUUCAGUAUUACACGAACAAUGUGCUGCUGCAUCUUUUUGCUUGUAAUUUUAUCACUAUAUUCUAUUAAGUUCUUAGUUCUUUCUA